UUGACUCUUUUCACUUGUGAUCUUUCUCACAUAAAGUUUAUACCCUCUGUCUCCCCCCUCUCUCUUUUUGUUUUUCAAUUUCAAGCUUUUUUCAUGGGCAACGGACUUUCAGCGAUUGUAUCCAUAGGUUUAACGUUCCUGUUAUCUCAAGUGAUGACCAAAGUCAUUUGGGCGAAUAAGUACCCGGACGGCAAACGGAAACAGGCGUGGCCAACCGCACCUUCGCAACUGCCAUACUUUUGGAACGCCUUUGACGCGUUUCACGUGUCUUAUUGCAAGUCGUUCACGGAAUGGAGUCAGAAAAUCGGAACGCUGUUUUCAGUGAAAAUCGGGCAGAAGCGAGUGAUCGUCUUGAACGAACCCAAACUGGUUCGACAAACGUUUGUGGAGAUGGAUCAAUACAAUUCAUCGAGAACCUUGUCCGAUACCGUGGAAGUCAUCAUGUCAGAUAACGGGAAAACGGUAUUUACGGCUCCUUUUACACUUUAUUGGAGCCGUCUUCGUCGCGGGAUCAACAAGGUCAUUGGUAAAUCGCAGUAUCACGGGUGGAUGGACCUCUUUCAUCGUCAGGCGGAGAAAUUCGUCAAUGGUAUUUCGUUGAAUGACGCCAAGGUCGUGGAGGCCGAUCAGUUGCGACAGUUGGUGGAAUUGAUUGCUCUCCAUAUAUCAUUGCAUAUCGUCGUGGGAGAAGAGGUUGAUCCAGAAACCAUGCUGACGCUGACGCAAAAAGUGCAAAAGGCCGAGGUUUGGCAAAAAGAAUCAUGGCAUAUCUACAGUCGUUUUUUUCCUGUGGUGCGACAGCUGUACGUGGCCUUCACCGCACUGCUAGGCAACCGUUCGAUCACGUAUCUACGAAACGACAUUCUUGAAAUCUUUCUCACGGUGCAAAAGGACGAACAAAAAGGCAUCGCGGCGGCGCUGGCUGAUAUUGCCCCAUCCAAGAAUGAUCCCACGCCCGAACAACUCACCAAGGACCAAAUUCUCGUCAACCUGGUUCACUUGACCGUGCACAGCUACAAGUACCUGUCGGCAGCUCUGUUUAGUGCUUUACAACGAGUGGCGACCAGCGCCGAUUGGCAAAACAAGAUGUUGGACAAGGAUCCAGAGCAAGCGUUACGGUAUGCAAAGGCCUUUAUCAAUGAAGUCUUGCGUUACGAUGGUCCUGUGAAGAUGUUCUCGCAUGCUGCUCGCGUUGAUUAUGAAUUGACCGUCGACGAUAAAGCAUACCGUGUCGAUGAGGAUGUGGAACUGGUGGCAAAUCUGGAUGCGAUCCACUUUGACGAGCGGUACUACGCCGAACCGCAUCAAUUCAACCCCGACCGUUUUUUGGGUACCUCCUAUGUGUCGCUGUUGGAUGAAAAAGUGCCAACAAGUAAAGGUUUGAAUGCGCGUGAUCACCUUGCAUUUGGCGCUGGACGUCGGGCAUGUCAAGGAAGCUUGGUGGCAGAGGAGAUGUUGGCAGCCAUUCUUUUGAAGGUGGUCCAAACCUACCAAUUGAAGCAUCAGGGGAUUAUCCGAACACAAGUCAUGAGCGGUGUUUGGUCAUGGAUGGGGCGCAUGGAAACCAAAGGCAACGAUAUCGAAUUCAUUAAACGACCAUAGGCCCUGUUGGGAACGUAAUUGUAGAUAACAAAAUCAGAAAAAACCAAGAGGACGGUUGCCUGAACCUAUUGGAAGCGGUCGUCUCCUUUUUUCUUUUAUUCCUUUAAUCUUACUCAGUCUUUGCAUUAAAUAAAAAUAAUAUAAUACUUUGGUCAU